UAUAAUAACAUAGUACGUGCGGUAUAAAUUUAAAAAAAUGAUAUGAGUAAUAUAAAAUAAAACUUGUAAUAAUAACUAAAUUGUAUAAUUUAUAAAAGGUAUCUAUUUUUGCUAUGGAAAAAUGGCGAUAUUUUGAUAAAGAUGAACUCUAGUUUGGAGGAGCAAAACUCCUUAGUCACAAAAUUAUCAAAUUCGCUUGAAAUUAAGGAUGAAGAGUUUAAUCAACUCAGGAAUUCUUCUAUAACAUAUAAACCAUUGAGUAACGCUUCAGUAAACACUUGUAAUGGAGUUUAUGUAGGUUAUGACAGCAAUACAAGUAAUAUAGAUCAUUCCCACCAAAAGACACUUAGUCAUAAGUCGUUAACAGAUAAAAAAGUGCAUCUGUUUCCGAAUGUUUUAGUAAACCCUCCUGUUGAACCUUAUGAAAUUGAUAGUGAUGAAGAAGACUUUAGGCUCAGUCAUAGGAAGAACGAUAGUGGAAAUGGAUCCAGCGUUGGUAGUUCUUCUUUACACAGUCAACCAUGUUUAGAAUAUAAUUUGUCAACUGAACAUGAAAGUGAUAAUAAUAUUAAAUUUUGCUUAGAAGAUAUGGAUAUACUGCGCAGCUCCUCUCAGUCAUACAAUAAAAAUAAUAAAUUUUCGAACCCAAAAAUUUUUGAUAAUUCAAAAAAUCAGUCAGAUAAUAAAUUUAUGGAUGUUCCUUUAAACAAUAUAGAAAAAUCUAAUCAUGUACUUGAAAAAACAAACUUAAAUACUUUUGCUCCUAAAAUUAAGUUUGAACCACUUGCAGUAAAUGAUCCACUUAGACCCCCACCAGCAACUGAUCUUCAACCAAAAGCAAGAUUACUAUCGAAACCUAAGAGAAAAUCUUGGCAUAUUUUUGGCAAUAUUGCAAUACCUGUACCAAAAAGUCCAUCUCAAAUCAGGAGUGAAAAAAACACAAAUUUAGUAUCAUCUACAACAGCUCUUAUUUUAGAGCAUCGUCCAUCGUGUUUGCCUCCAAAAACUCCAAAAGAAGAGCAAAUGCAUAAUGAAUUAUAUGCAGAGAUAGUUGAGUCAGCAAGGCGCAAGGAACUUCGUGAUUUGCAGUUACAGAAAAAGAAAAUGAAUGAAAGAAAAAAAUUAGAAGAACAAUUAUCAAACUUAGUUAAGCAAUGGAAAGAAGAUUUCAUACCUAACUGGCAAACAUGCUACAAAUCAAAAAAGGUAAGAGACAUAUGGUCUCAAGGAAUUCCACCUAGUGUUCGAGGAAUAGUUUGGAAAUUAGCAAUCGGGAAUGAGCUUCAUAUAUCAACAGAGUUGUUUAACAUAUACCAUGCAAAUGCUGAACAGAGAAUGAAAAAUAUAAAUGAUCCAAUAAUGCUUGAUAACAUCCAUCAUCAUUCCGAAAAUUCUGUAAUAGUUAGCAAAGAAAAUACAUUAGCAUUGAUUAUGCUUGAUGUGGCUAGAACAUUUCCUUCUUUGGGAAUUUUUCAAAAGGGUGGACCAUAUCACGAAACUCUCAAACACCUUCUUGCUGCAUAUACAUGUCAUAGGCCAGAUAUUGGAUAUGCCCAAGGUAUGUCUUUUGUUGCUGCCAUGCUGCUUCUUAACAUGGAUCUUCAAGAUGCUUUUAUUGCCUUUGCUAACCUUUUGAACAGACCAUGUCAAAUGGCUUUUUAUACAGUUAACCAACAAAUGAUGAGUGCGUAUUUUAAAACGUUUGAUGUUGUCUUAGCUGAUCAAAUUCCUCGUUUGCAUUAUCAUUUCAAACAAGAGUGUUUGAGCCACGACAUAUAUCUCUUAGAUUGGAUUUUUACCAUGUACAGCAAAUCUUUACCUUUGGAUACUGCCUGUCGUGUUUGGGAUUUGUUCUUUAGAGAUGGCGAAGAAUUUCUUUUUAAAACUGCCCUAGGUGUUCUUCUUAUGCAUGAGGAAACCCUAUUAGAAAUGGAAUUUUUUCGUUUGGCGACUUACCUCACUAAGCUAUCUAACACAUUAGCGGCAGACGAACUUUUUGUUUUUAUAGACAAGAUAAAUUUUCCGUCGCAGAAAUAUCAUAGUACUUUAAGUCAAAUGAUAGAAUUAUCUUAGCCUAGACAAACGUAGAUCAUCAUAAAAAAUAGUUUUCUUACAAGUAUCAUAGGCGUUUUCUAACAUAAGAGAUAAUAUUCUUUGAAAAUAUAUUUUUUGCAAAGAUUUCUUUUCAUCAAAAUGAAUUUACUUCUCCAGCAAAGAGGAUAUAUGCCAUUUAAUUGACAAGAAAAGAAAAAGAACAUUGUGUAUGAAGUCAUUUUAAUUUUCGAAAAUAUUGAGCGUUGUGGAUUUCAUAUUGUAUAAUAAAUUUGUGAAUAUUUUUUUAUAAAUUUAUAUCGAUAAAUUAUAUUAUUUUUAAUCAAAAGUAAUUUCUAAUAGUUGUAAAAUUUCGAAUAAUUACUCUAGUUA